CCCUGGCGGUUCGGGGCUCCGGGGCCCCGCGCCCGCCGCCCGCGCGCCGCGUCCCGGGCCGCCGCCUCAGACGCCACUUGUGGAAUUCUUUCCCCCGGCGGCUGUAACUUUAAACCGGCCUGAGCGAGGCCUAUUUUUAUUCAGAAACCAGCGACCGGAGAAUGGCUGUGGAGAACGCUGAGAUGGAGGGCCAGCCCGCCACUUGAAGAUUCCUCACCAAGUGGCUGGGAAGGACGGCUUGACCUAGGAAUCUUUCUUUGAGAUUUCAAGGUUCUGUCGCCCCCUCCCAGGGCUGGCCGGACUGGUUGGGGCUUUUGACUGAGGUUGCUGCCCGAGCCUGGGGAGCUGUACGUGAAUGAACCGCAUCGCCUGGCCUCAGAGCGCUGACUCUGAGGCCACCACGCAUGAGCCCGGGCUACCCUCCUGCAGAAGUCACUCCAGGAGCUCCUUAGGGACCGGCUUGCGGCGGUGAGGAGCCAGGAGAUGCAUGUAGCAGCCAAGUACCGCCAGGCCUCCCUGUACGUGGGUGACCUCCACGCGGACGUCACCGAGGACCUGCUGUUCAAGAAGUUCAGCGCUGUGGGGCCCGUGCUGUCCAUCCGCAUCUGCAGGGACCUGGUCACCCGCCGCUCUCUGGGCUAUGCCUACGUGAACUUUCUGCAGCUGGCGGAUGCCCAGAAGGCCCUGGACACUAUGAACUUUGACCCGAUAAAGGGCAAAUCCAUACGUCUCAUGUGGUCUCAGCGUGACGCCUACUUGAGGAAAUCUGGAAUUGGGAACGUGUUCAUCAAGAAUCUGGACAAAUCCAUUGAUAACAAAACCCUUUAUGAACACUUUUCGUCUUUUGGGAAGAUCCUGUCCUCCAAGGUGAUGAGUGAUGAUCACGGCUCCAGGGGCUAUGCGUUCGUGCACUUUCAGAACCAGAUUGCCGCCGACAGGGCCAUCCAGGAGAUGAAUGGGGCACUGCUUAAGGACUGCAGGCUGUUUGUUGGCAGAUUCAAGAGCCGCAAAGAUCGGGAAGCCGAGCUCCAAAACAAAGCCAGUGAGUUCACCAAUGUUUACAUUAAAAACUUCGGAGAUGACAUGGAUGAUGAGAGACUGAGGGAAGUUUUCAGCAAAUAUGGAAAAACCCUGAGUGUUAAGGUGAUGACAGAUUCCAGUGGGAAAUCCAAAGGCUUUGGCUUUGUGAGUUUUGAUAGCCACGGGGCUGCCAAAAAGGCUGUUGAAGAAAUGAAUGGAAAGGACAUAAAUGGACAACUGCUUUUUGUAGGCCGGGCACAAAAGAAAGCAGAACGACAGGCUGAGUUAAAGCAAAUGUUUGAGCAGCUGAAACAGGAAAGAUUUCGACGGUGCCGGGGAGCAAAGCUCUAUAUUAAGAACCUGGAUGAGACCAUUGAUGAUGAAAAGCUACGGAGGGAAUUUUCUUCAUUUGGAUCAAUUAGCAGAGUUAAGGUAAUGCAGGAAGAAGGGCGAAGCAAAGGGUUUGGCUUGAUCUGCUUCUCCUCUCCUGAGGAGGCCACUAAAGCAAUGACUGAGAUGAAUGGCCACAUCUUGGGCUCCAAGCCGCUCAACAUCGCCCUGGCCCAGAGGCCCUAGGAGAGGAAAAGUUAAUGCACCAGCCAGUGUUUGUAGCAGCUUGGGAGAUGUUAGUGAUCUCUGCCUGAAUCGUCCUCAGUAAAUUUCAAAUCCCAGCUGAUGGCUGCUUAGUUUAGUAAACAUUAUGAUCCAUACAAAGCUAUUUAUUUUUCUUUGGAGGAAAAAUAAGUGAAUCUUAGAACCUUGGUUCUUUUUAUAGAGGCACACCAUCUAAUUAUAAUAUGGUAUUUUUUCUGAUUUUGUUGUAGUGCUCAUAGCAAUAAGUAUAAUUAGAUACAUUUUUACUGCAUUUUGAAUGAACUGAAGUGUGGUAAUUAUUUGCAUUUAUUGCAUACUUUUUCUUAUUUUAAUAAUAUUGCUAGCUUUAAUUUCUUCCGUGAAAAUAUGCCCAAAGUAGUUCUUAUACCCGAGGAUUGCAAAGUAAUUUAUUUUUACAAACAAAUUUCUCAUCAAUUUUUUUUUAAAGAAACCAAAGUUUAAGAAUUGCUACUACAAACUCAAUAUCUAAUUUCAUUUUGAAUUAAUGUUUAAAAUACUAGGAAAUAGUUGAAUUUCCUUUCAAUUUAUAUCCUGAAAUGGUGUUUUUCUGAUGGCUGAAAUUAAUGAUGGAAUUUUUUAAUGUUGCCUACAAAUGUGCUUUAUAGGAAAUUUUACCGUUCUUUCCAUUGGUUGACAUAAUCCAGGUGCUUGCUGGUUAUCAAAAUUGUGACUUGAAUAGUAAAACCUUAACUUCCACAUUCCUUAAGUUAUAAGGCUGUAUCAUUUCAGGUCAAAAAGUUGGCCUAGUCUUAAUUCUCUUCAUACGUAUACGGCAUAAAAUUAUGCCUUAAGUUUUGAACCAGGUACCAACAUUAUAAAAGUCAUAUAUAGAAAACAUAGACAUUCUGUUUAACAACUGUGUUUUCUAAUCUCUGUUAUAUGUUGUAACAUGUAGUGAUAUUGUCUCAGGGCUCAGAACAGUGAGUUUAUGUUUAUGAACUCCACGUCUCCUUUUAUUAGACCUUAAGAGCUAUGUAACCUAUGAAGGCUCACUUUUAGCCUUGAUUGAUCAGAAGUUCACUAAUUGGUUUUCUGAUAAACUGAAGUUACAUCACUUAGCCUGCUUUCCAGCAUGAUUUUUAUUUCAGUCCCAUUCCCAGAUCUCUUCUUCUCUCCUGCUUUUCCUCUAUAUUACUCAGCUCCUCUAUACUUUUUAAAAAGGUUUUUAUUAUACUGACUUUUACUGUGUGCUGUUUGAAAUCCACUUUGGAAAUAGAUGCAAGAGUUAUUUAUUUACAUUUAAGUAAUUACUUUUAAAAUUCUGAUUCUCUCAUACCAAAGGUGUCUAGAAAAUAGUUUUGUUGUUGUUGUUUUAUUUUUUUUUACUCUGCUUCGUUGUUUCCUGUAACCAUAUAUUCAAGUCUUCU